CGGAACCACUUUUGCUUGUUCUCUUUUUCUUCGACUCGCGUCAAAAGCAACGACGAUUAUGUUACGACAAGUGCCGUGGAGAACUCACGAUGAAUUAACUCAAGUACACGAUUGGCUGUACUCUCAUUCCAAAACUGAUAUACAGAAAGGUGUCGAUCGCGUUUUGGCUUGGAAAGCACGUCAGCAUUUACCGACAGCAAUUGAGAGCACACUACAGUUUGUUCAAUUACGACUUCGUGAUCAUCAAAACUGCACUAUUUCUGGCGAGGAACUGCGCCUCACCUAUUCUAUUGCGAUCGUGAGACUUGUCAACGGUUCCAUCGAUCCUAUGCAGAACAAAGCGCGACCGUUGCCGAUAUCUAUUAUGGCUGAAAGGAUCAAUAUGCCUGCUUGGUUUGUCGAGAUACGCCAUGACGCAACACACGGAUAUCUUCCAACACUGGCACUUUUAAGAGAUGCAGCAAACCAGGCUCUUGCAUGGAUACAUGAGACUUACUGGGUACCAGCAUUAGAAACGGAUCGCAAGCCAGUUAUCGACGAAGGAAAACUACGAGAAAUUCAAAGAGGAUUUGAAAUAUAUCGCAAACAUUGUACAUCAACACAAUUUAAGAGCGUCAAGAAAAGAAACGAACAAAUGCCACGUAUAAGAGAAAUCGCAAUGAAGAGGCUAUUCCAAAUUGUCUCCCCAGUCGACAUACGCGGCGGUCUAGUUCCUGUAUUACUCGACAGAGGAUUUCUUGUUCCGGAUGAUAAAAACAAACGCUUGGCUUUUGAAAACAACGCGAUACCGAAGGAAUCAAUAGACAUGUGGAUUCCACUACUUGAAACAUUGAGUGAAAAAUUCGACGAUUUUGGGGUGAGUCUUAUGGCGGCAAUGCUCGAACGACUCGAAUCACAAAUUGACUUUGUAUUAAACGACGAGUUUGGUUAUCUACUAUCUGAGGAGAACCAUGGAUCAUCACUUCAAAGGAGCGAAGUACUAAAGAGCAAAAGUUAUAUGCUGACCAUCGCAUAUUGGUUAAAACAUAUCAUAUACCACGACUUUUCGAAAGAGGAAGAGAAUCCCAUCUUCGUCGGUGUUGAUUUAGAGGACAUAGUGGAAGGAUGUCUGCGCAGCCCAAAUUAUUUUACGAGAAUUGUUCUUCAAGCUAUUGCCGAGGCUGAGUCCGAUGAACCAUUCUUUUCUUUAAAACCUGUCAUCGAUGCCAUCGGUAGAAUUCUUAGCAAUUAUACUAGCAGCAGCAUAAAGAAGGUCAAUGAUAGUGAUGCUAGCACUGAGCAUAUUCCAAUGGACAUUGAUAUGGAAGGCGAACUACGUGAACUUGCCUCGCAGUUACAAAGUAUCAGAGGACAGGAUCCUGAUGAGGGAUGCUCCAGUGCAUGGCAGCUUUAUAAUAGUACUGAAUGGACGCCAACACCUAUUGGAUGUUUACCGGGUGGAAUUGUACCCUCUUUGGAUUUACCUGAUAAAUAAAUUACUUCUAUCUGGAAAUCCGCUUGGGUGUUCUUUUUUUUUUGGAGCUAGCAAGGGUAUCAUCAGUUGACAUCAAUCUUACCGAUCUUUUAUUCCAAUUUAUAUUCAUUUGUACUUGGAUUUCUUUGCUCAGCUUGAUGACAUCUGCCACUUCGAAUAAAUAUUGUGUAUAUGUAUGAAC